AAGACAGUAAAAUUAGAAGUGCAGUGAUACCCUAAUUAAUAAGCUGUGAUGGUUACUGAAGUAACUGAAGAAAACAUAAUCCCAUAGAAGCUUCUUGCUGAAUCCAAAUGAUCAUUUUAAACCAUUUAAAAUGUGUGCCUCAAAUUUCAAGAAAGUUUACAUGGUAUAUUUUGUUAAUUCUAAAUUUUGAUAAACUGAAUAGAAUUUCUUCUGAAGCUAUGUAUCAUUGGAACGUGUGAGGAAAUGAAACCCAAACAACAGAUAUGGUCAGAUAAAAAUGGGCUGUGUUUCAAGUGAUAAUAUAUGACAUGUUUUAUAAACUUUCUUGUCUUGGUAGUUUUAUUUUCAAUGUUUUUCAGCUUUCCUUCUAUUAUUAAUCAAGAAUGUAUGUGUCUAAUUCCCAGAUAGCCACUGGAGCACUUACAUUUACACAAACAAUUGAAGAAAAGACCAGCAACAACCAUCUCCUCAUCAAUUCAAGAUUUUGCAUAUUCAACACAAUAUUAUAGCUGUAGAGCUUUAUCAGAGGCCAUGCCAAGCAAGCGAAAGAUGCCCGUGAUCAAUAUAGAAGAUCUGACAGAAAAAGACAAAUUGAAGAUGGAAGUGGACCAGCUCAAGAAAGAAGUGACACUGGAAAGAAUGCUGGUAUCCAGGUGCUGCGAAGAGGUCAGGGAUUAUGUUGAAGCAAGGUCCGGGGAGGAUCCGCUAGUAAAGGGCAUCCCAGAAGACAAAAACCCCUUCAAGGAGCUCAAAGGAGGCUGCGUGAUCUCAUAAAAACAAAACAGACGUCCUUGCAACAUCUUGAGCUUCAAUGACAAUAUGAAUUUUUGGUCAUGUAUAAUACUAUUAUUAAGCAUGUACAUUAAUUUUUCAAUUUAUAAAUGUCAACUUUUAAUUUCCAAUGUAAACGACCCCUUUCUUGAGCAGCGGUUACUGUGCUUUGUGAAUGGGCCUGUAUUACGUUGGCUGCCCACAUGUAGUUAAUGGUUUAUGUCCCUUCACUUCCCUGUCAACAGUCAUUGUAUUGCACCUGGAGAUGUCACGCUUAGACUUCUGUUUUUCCCAGCCUUUCUCUUGCUUACUGAUUUAGGAAGCCUGUUCUUUUGAUUCAUGCAACUGACCUUUGCAGAACGUGUGCUGUGAAGAUUUUUGUUGUUGAUGUUUUGUUUUCUGUUUCUCUCUCUCUCUCUCUCUCCACCCCCGGUCAGCAGUAGUGGUUUCCACAUAACCUCUUCCUACAUUCCAACCAGUUCUAGUUGUCCCCGGUGAUGUGACAUUUUCCCAGAAUGGACUGAGCGUUCAGUCUAUGGUCACGGAGCACAGUAGGUUUAACCAGCACCAGGAUGAAGAAUGCGAGAAGCCAGAGAGCUCUGGCUCUGGCGCUCUACUGCCUAACUGACUUUGGAUAAAUUCUUUAACCUUUCUGAAUCUCAGUUUCUUCUAGUGUAGGAUCAGGAUAAUCAUGGUGCUAUCCCCUUUUUCACUGGGAUUAACUAUUGUACUAGGGUGACUAUAGCACUUAGCAUAUUGGGCACAUAGUAAGGCCCAGUAAGUAUUAGUAUUAUUACUGGGAAAGGAAUUAGACAAAAAUGCCUAGAAUCCUUUAAUAAGACACAUGCUAUUCCAUCCCAGCCCCGUGAUGGCUUUCCUGCGGCAGUGUAAAGGCAAGAUGAUUGAAAAAUAGCCAUCGUCAAAAAUAGCCAUCGUCAGCAUUACCCUGCUCUUCGGUUUCCUCCUGGCACCAUAGUGAGUUUGCCGACACCGGAUUUGUGCUAAAGACUAACGCCUCUGCUUCUGUAACAAAUGACAAGUGUUCAUGGCCCCCCUGGGAAACUGUUUUUGUUGUGAGUGUUCCCUUGUUACUCUAUCACAUUCACAGUGCUAUUUUUGAAUAUCUGUGAUCAGAAAUGCUAAUUUAUUAUCAUCCGUUGAGAAAGAUAAGAAUUCCUAGUCUUUGGCCUGGAAGGGAAUCUAAAGGUCUGCUGUCCCGAGUUUGGCUCCCAGCACAGUGCACGCCCACUCUGGGUGUAGUAAAUGCUCAACAAAGACCUAAUGACUCUUGUCCAAGCCUUUCAUUUUGGAAUGAAGAAAACCAAGGCUUAACGAAGUGAACUGGUAAAUCUUGCAGGUCCAGACUCUGGAUUUCUGGCUAAAUGGUUAGCAACACACUCUACCACAUGUCAAACAUGCUUUGGGUAUUAAAGAUUUCCAGGAUAUGCUACUGGAGUCUCAUCUCUUUUUCUUUAGGAAAAGCUCUUUUCCCCGUGUUUAAAAUUCCAAAAACC